AGCAAAAGAAAACUCAAAUCUUAAAUUCACUCCUUAUUACAAUUACUACAUUUCCUUUUUCCAGAUUUUGUAUGUUAGAUUACCGAGCUAAACGCCGUCCUCCUUCCCUCUUCCUCCAACUCCCAUCUCUCCCCCUCUCUCUCUCUCUCUGUCGACCGUUUCUCUUCACAUUCUGUGAUCUCACCUUUAAUGUCAUAGUGUUAGCUAAGAAAUUGAUUCUUGAUUAUGGUGGGGGAAGAGCUGGCACACAAUGCUGUGGAGAUCAAGGUGCAUUCCCAGAUGGGGGACAACGACGUGCACCCGGUCGGUUCAUCAUCUAAGCUAUUGCCCAAGAGAUCAGGGCAGUCGCCAGCUGUGCCUUCUCGUCAGCAGGUGCCAUCCGGCAAUUUCAGCCUUUUCAGGCGGUGGGUAUCAUGGUUGGUGCCGCUGUUUGUCGUAGUCAAUAUCGUUAUAUUCUUUAUUGCCAUGUAUGUUAAUAAUUGUCCGAAGAACUCCGAAUCUUGUGUUGGCAAGUUCCUUGGGAGAUUCUCGUUUCAACCCAUCAAGGAAAAUCCCCUUCUUGGUCCUUCCUCUACCACAUUAGAGAAGAUGGGAGCUCUAGAUGUGGAUAAAGUAGUGCAUGGGCACGAGCCUUGGCGUCUCGUUUCUUGCAUAUGGUUACACGCUGGGGUGUUUCACAUACUCUCGAACAUGUUAAGUCUUCUAUUUAUUGGAAUUCGCCUCGAGCAAGAAUUUGGGUUUAUCAGAAUUGGGUUGGUCUAUGUCAUAUCUGGUUUUGGUGGGAGUUUGUUGUCAGCUCUUUUUAUUCAGUCAGGUAUCUCUGUUGGUGCAUCUGGUGCACUUUUUGGCCUACUUGGGGGUAUGCUUUCAGAGCUGAUUACAAACUGGACAAUAUAUGCAAAUAAGUUGGCGGCAUUGUCGACCCUUGUUUUAAUCAUCGUAAUAAAUUUAGCUGUUGGAAUCCUUCCCCACGUAGACAACUUUGCCCAUAUUGGAGGAUUUCUUUCUGGUUUUUUGCUUGGAUUUGUGUUGCUAAUUCGGCCCCAGUUUGGGUGGAUUAACCAAAAGGCUUGUCCUCCAGGGUACAUUGCACCCCCGGUUAAAUCUAAACACAAGACUUAUCAAUAUGUACUGUGGGUUUUCUCUCUGGUACUAUUGAUUGUUGGAUUUACUGGUGGGUUGAUUGCACUCCUUCGAGGGACAGAUUUGAAUAAUCAAUGUUCUUGGUGUCAUUAUUUGAGCUGUGUUCCUAACUCAUUAUGGAGCUGCAAGUCAGAUAAAGUUUAUUGUGAGUCGAGUGAGUUUGGGAAUCAGUUCAACUUGACAUGCUUGAGCAAUGGGAAAAGCCGCAUCUAUCCACUGUCAGAUGAUACCUCUUCCCAGGUUCAGCAGCUAUGCUCUCAGCUUUGUAGUUGAUGUGCACAUAUUGACAAGAGAGAAUAGAGUGUUGGUUGAAUCGUAUUGUUUAAAAAAAUUGCUGUAUAUGAUUCAUUCUGCAUCUUUAGCCGCCGAGUAAUGAAUCAAUUUUAUGAAAAUUACUAUUUUUUUUUCUUAAUAAAUUGCUUUCUGCAUUUCAAA